CUGAUUUGUUUUUAGUCUUCAGUCAAACAAUGUCGCGAAGAGUUAUAAUUUUCAGCUGCCUUUUGUGGGUGCUGACUGAGGCGGGAGCACCUUGUGGCCUCCGAAUCGACAUGAAUUGUGUACCCCAAGGCCUUUGUAGAAAUGGUGCAUUUUUCCAUUCGGCCUGCCAGCGCUCAGAAACAUGCUGUCACCCCUCUGCAGUAUUGCCCAUUGGAGCACCAUUAAUGUGUGGUCGGAGUAAUCCGCAUGGUCUGGAGCCAGGAACACUGGUUGCUGCCGAUCAGGCACAGCCCAACGAAUUCCCGUGGGUUGUGGCUCUGAUGAAACCAAAGAACCUUUUUUUUGGUGCUGGCACUCUGGUCACCGAAAAUGUGGUAGUAACUGCUGCCCAUCUGAUGCUGAAUCGGUCUAUAAGCGAUUUUAUAGUCGUUGGAGGUGCCUGGGACUUGAAUGAAUUGUUCAAGAACUCCGUGGUCACCCGAUCCCCGGCCAGGGUUAUUCCGCAUCCAGGUUUUGUCAUGCUCACCGGGGCCAAUAACAUAGCCCUUAUCAUCCUGGCCGUUUCGUUCUACUUUAAGCCCCAAAUCAGCCCAAUUUGCUGGGCCUCGCCGGGAACAUCCUUUGUGGGAGAACGCUGUCUGGUUGUCGGUUGGGGCAAACUAAAUCCUUUGGCUGGAAACAUUUCGAAUCGGCAGAAGAAAAUCGAUCUACCCAUUGUGAGCAGAAGAAUGUGUGAGAUUCAAUUGAAGAGGACACUGGGACCGAGUUACGAGCUCGAUCCCACCAUGUUGUGCGCCGGUGGAGAACGCGGACGAGAUGCCUGCAAGGGCGACGGGGGAUCGCCCCUAAUGUGCCCCAUCCCCGGAUAUCCUUCGCUCUACGAAUUCGUCGGCAUUGUCAACAGCGGCGUGUCCUGCGGAGAGGAGGAAGUGCCCGGCCUCUACACGAGCAUCACCCAAGUGAAGUCCUGGAUUGAUCAACAACUGGAUGACGAGCUCAACAAGCCCUACAAGACAUUCCCCAUAUACAAUAUCGACUACGAUUCUUACUGAAAUAAAUUAAAUUAAAUUAAA